AUUACAUUGCGAAAACAAAAGUAUGUGCCUCCUGUUAUAAUCCGAAACAGAGGAAUACCGAUGACUCCGCUGAGAUCGAACGUUUUAACGCAAAAUUUGAAUUGAUCAGUGAAUAUUACAAAUUAAAAGCUGUAUGAAAACAAACGAGUCUACGGACUGGUAUAAUAUAUAGACACGUGAAACGAAGUACAACCAGAAGAAGAUUUUCUCGAUCACGUGUAAAUCGAAUCGAAAAAGGUGAAGAUUUUUGCAGAAGCACAGGUAAUUGAAAGCUCCUGGCAGCUGAUAAGGAAAUUUAAUUCCACAUGGAUAUACUGAGAUUAAGCAAAACGGAUACUGCUAAAGAUACAACUAUGGAGGGCAAACCAUUGACGGAUCCUCUUGAUUCAUAUUUUCUAAUUCCGGGUAACAACCUGUCUUUCACAGGCAACGUGCUUGCGCAAUAUUUCACAGUCACUACAGACAGCUACAUUUCUCUAUGCUUUCACUUGUACGAGUUAUUAUGUGCUGAAGAUUCAAGGUUCAAAGACGAAGUUUGUGAGUCAGCAUUUCAUUAUUACACCACCAUGUUACUGUGGCAAAGACUACGACAGCUUUUGCCUCUCAGUGUGGUCAGAUCAUCACCAUUUCUAGAUAAGCUUUCUUACUUCGAAGAACAUUUAAUGAUGAUUCCCAGGCCGCUUGAAAUAUACUUGAAAGGUAUUGGAAAUUUUCGCCAUCCCUACUUGGGUGAAAUGCGAUUUCAACUGCCUUCGGCUAUCACUAGUCCAAUAUUUGAUUUGACUACCGGUGCCUUUGGAAAAAUAACCGACAAGACACAUUUUCUGUAUGAAGCAUUUCCUGCCCCCGGGGUUGCAGCUCUGCGCAUUUUAGCAGAUCUGAAGCAUACUAAUUCUUCUGGCGAUGCCAUUUGGGAUUUACCCCAACAUCUACGACCUGAUCACGAGGUUAAAACAAAUCAGGUUCCUAUGCCAACAAUUAAUCUUUUGGGUUGGUUUCCAGCCCAGAGUUUGACAGAUGGUCAGCAGAGAUUAUUGAAAACUUUAGGGAUACCGAAUGAUUACUCAGAAGACGAUAUGUCAAUAUUGUUCCUCAACAGCUGUAAAUUGCUAAGAACGAUCAGUGAAUACUUUUGGUCACCCAAACCUGUUGCGAGUCGUCUCACUUCGCCACUUACAUUCAAAUUUGGAACAUCUGCAAUAUCCACUACAUCUAGAACAGACGAAGUGAUCAAGAAAGUCAAACUGGAGGAAUCAUCCUCAAGUACCGUUAUUGCGACUAAAGAAACCUCUACUAGCAAACCUGCAUCAUUCGAAUUUGCACUUGCAGAUUUACCUGCGAGCACUUCAAAAGAAUUAUCCUCCCAGCAAUUCCCCAAAAAUAUCCCAGUGAAUAACUUUUGUGGUGAUAGCAUAAGGUUUGGGUCGGUUAACAGUAUGUCGACGACAGGAUCCAUAGUUCAGGGACUUUGCAUAAAAAAAGUUAAUGGUCAUGAACCCUAUGCGUUUGAUAGGUACGCAAUGUACUGUGAAGGAAAAAUAUCCGUGUUUUCGACAAUGAAGGUCAUCGAUAACUUCGCAACAGGUGGUGCUAUUACUGCGUAUCGAAUGCCAAAGGAGCAAAUCCAUAAUCACCACACUUGGUCCUGCUAUGAUUAUGACGGCUACAAAGAAGUUCCUGAAUCCUGGAUUCAUACACGUAAUGAAGUCUACAACCUGGGCAGUAUCCAGGAAUUAAAUCAAUCUAUGUGGUUUACGGGAGCUGCCGACAAGUGGCUGUUGCAACACUUAUUCCUUGAGAAACAUGCGAUUGUAAAUUGAAGGAAGAGAAACACUGAUGUUGAUAUUUGAAAGCAGAAAAAGAAGAUGUACAUACAAGUAAAUUUUUCAUAUCACGCUUGUAUCAAAUGGCUGUUACGUUAUUCACUAGAAAACCUGUGAGUCAUUACUAGUCCAUCUAGUUUGUCUAUUCAUUACGAGUAUACCUAAGUACAUUCCUUACUACUGACAUAUAACUUCAUCUCACAUAUAUUCUUCAGGAACUACUAAGUUAAAAAUCUCAAAUACAACCAAAGAUUCUUCCUCAAUUCGAUGUAUUUUGAAUUAUAUGUAAAAUGCAUUCCUGAACUACAAGCUAUUGAUUGCGUGCAUUUUUGGUUACUUUUGCUCAGAGUCUUUAAUUAAUCUGUUAGAGCCUAAUGCUUUCCACAUGAGGUAUAGAAAUUAGAUGGAAAUUUCAAAUUACUGAUCUUGAAAAAAGUUGUAUUUGAUAAGACUGAAAAAAAAUGUUAUACUUAUGUCAUGUAUUCUGUUAAAAAAUUUGUAAAGUAAUGAUAAUUCUGAAGUUUCCUCACAUAUAUUAAUUUUAUGAAAGCAAAAUAAGUGUUGUCUUUUUAAUCUUCAGCAAAAUCUUCCGAUACAAAGUAUAUUAUUAAAUUGUGUAAUUCUUUGAUUAAAAUGUUUUGGAUCGAUAAUUGAAAGUUUGUUGUUACUGAAAAAUUUUUUGAUACAAAAUAACUUUAAUAAUAAAGAAAAUUUCUGUUACAAUUUUAUUUUUGUUGAUACCUAAUCAUACUUAAAAAAGCAUAUCUGGCAACCUUUGUGCAGAAAAGUCUGAGUCAUAUAGAAUCGUUAGUGAUUUUUACGCUAUGGAAUGCUAAAGCUAAUAAGAGUGUUCUGAUCUAUUUUUUGCCUUACAAAAAAUUGGAGAAGAACCUAGUUUGAUUGGAUUUGACAUUAAUAGUUAAAGGCUGUUCUUCCUCAACUUGCAACUUUAUAAUUCAUACAAGUACGAUCCAUUUUUGUGUUUUUAUUGACUGGUAAUGUGUGUCUUAUCUACAUCUAUAUUUAUUUUUCUAUUGUACGUGUAUAUUGUAGAUGUAUAGCUAUGUGCAUUCAUGUAUCUAUUUAUGGUCAUUUGUUCUACCGUAGUUUAUGCUGAAGAGUAUUUUUUCACAAGGAUGAUGCCUAACUCUCCGACAACAUUUUAUUAUUUUAUCCACGUUUAUCUUUGUACUGUAAAUAUUUAUAUUUCACUUGAUUUGGAUAAAACUUCAAAACAAAUAAAUCUGUUUAUUUCGUAAGAAUUUUGAAACCGACCUUUUUUUGCUACGGCCCACUAUUUUAGCUCGUGC